CUAUAAACUGGCGAGCUCUAUUGAGACUGCUGUUACUUUUUUCAUUGAUGUAAUAAUAUCAUUUAGUCUAUAGACUAUUUUUGAGAUGAUAAACAAAAGUUUAUUGCAAUUUGUUCUGUGCUUGUCAUUGCUCAGUUUGCUAAGUGCACAUGAUGUGAAGAUGUUAGCAGGGACGGACGCGCAAAAUGCCAAUUUCUGCCACAGGACGAGUUUCACUGGACUAGGACACACGCGCCUGAGCUUCCUCCGAAAUAUGGUCGGGACCCAUACAUUGAUGUUAUAUGUAAGCGAAUGGUCAGAGAAGCAGCUUGUAAAAUGCUCAAUUAACGACGACCCUGUAGCCACUGGCAGUUACCUGUAUCUUUGCCGCCAAACGCGCUCGGAGAGCCCCGUGGAAUUCUCCCACUUAAAUAUCAGGGCGUUGUUGAGUCCAGACAACCUGUGCCCACUGAGACCUGUCGAUGGAUUUACCAAACAGACGAAACAUGACCCAUUAGAGCAACAACAUAUUUCGGGUGCAAAAUCCCGUAGGAAACGCGCGUGGGUAUUUCCUGGGACACUUUGGUGUGGCACUGGAAGCAAAGCGAUUGACUACAAACAGUUAGGAAUGUUUGAGCGAGCGGACGGGUGCUGCCGUGAGCAUGACCACUGCAGUAACACUAUCCCCUCCUUCACAGUGAACUAUGGUGUUUUCAACCCCAACUUCUUCACCAUCUCACACUGCGACUGUGACCAAAGGUUUCGCCAGUGCCUCCAGCGUGUAAAUGAUACCAUCUCCAAUAUGGUGGGCUUCAGCUUCUUCAACCUCCUCAAGAUGCCCUGCUUCGAGUUCACUCCCAGGAGUCAAUGCACUGAGCUUAACUGGUGGGGAAUGUGCAAGGUGGCCAAAGUGGCCCCAUAUGCUGUCUUCAAAAAUCCCAUAGAUUACACCAUCAACCGCACGACCAGUGAACAUGGUGGCAGCAGUGACCCCCAAACAUCAGCAGGCACCGGGGAAAACCUGGUUACAGUGAGACCCUUGUCUAGCCCAACCAGGAAAAACCCCAAAGGGAACCGCCCCAAGCUAUUUGCCCCCCCACGGGACUGUGUUCCAAGAGGUCCUCCCAGAGGAGAUGCCUUCCAGAUAAAACACAGGAAAGUGAAAGGAUGCAGCAGGGUCAAGAAAACAUUCACAACUCAAACAACCACACGUCAAACACAAACAACAUCUCAAACACAGACUAGCGCACCCUCAAUACAGACAACUGCAUCCCUGAUACCGAGGAGUGCAUCACCAAAACUGAAAACCACACCCACAACUCAGAGAACUGCUUUUAAAAUUAUUACAACCACAUCUCAGGUAAAAAUGAAAAAAACUGCUAAACAAAAGACUGGAUCUAGAACUGAAAAAACAACAUCGCCCUCACAUCAAAAUCAAGCUACACCAAAGAAAAAAACACGCUCACGACAGAGGACAACAUCCACAACAACGCAGAGGACUACAUCAACACCAAAGCCUUCGCCACAGACAACAACUUUAACAACCACAACUCUUAUACCCAAAAGUCCCAAAAUCCCAAAGGCUCUUAGGAAAAUUCACCGUUGUGGCCCCAGUGGCCCUCCAAGAGGAGAUACCGUUCAGCCUCGCCGCUGGAGGGGGGAACGAGGCAAAGCCUGUUUGGAACAGAUAACUACAACACCAACGACCAUAUCCUCAGCAAACAAGACUGCAUCACCAUCCCAGACAAGAAUAUCUCAAACUCAGAGAACAAUGCCCUCAAAUAAGACAACAACAUCUCCAACUGUGACUAAGAGGACCCCUUCCUCAAAGCUAAGGACCACACCUCUAAUACAAACCCCUACUGAGAGUGCACCAUCUAUGACAACAGAUAAUAUGCUUCUUUGUGGCACCCUCAAGCAUUUGGAUGAAUGUAAAUACAAAAUUUCCCCUUUAGAGAAGAGAUAUGAUCUCCACAACAUGGAAUCAAAGACUGUGUACCAUUGUGAUUGCACCCACAGGCUGGCUGGUCAGAUCAGAUACUUGGAGAAGACCAAAAUUCUCCAAUCCCUCCUGCAGGAUUUUGUGUCUCUAUCCUGCUUCAACGUGCCAAGUGUUAAAGAAUGUCAUGGAGGGAAAAGCUGUACUACUGGAUUUUCCCAAGCCACUGACCUAAUUCAAGUCCUUAAAAGCAUGGAGGAAAGAGGAAGACUUAAUGCUCAGAGCACAAGUAAAGACACACAAAGAGGGCCUCCUAUUCGCCUCUACAAGCGAUGUCUGAGGAUCAUUGAGUCCAAGAAACCUAGACUGAUGAUUCCCAAACAUCAGCACCCUUAGGUACCUGUUACCAGUUAGAAUGGGAAUCUGUUUGUGUCAUGUAUGCAAUGCAUCUGUCCAACAUCACCCUCUAUUGUGAUUUUGGGGACGUUAUACAAGCCUUAAGAUGAUAAAUGUGGCAGAAGGACUUGAUUUGCUGCUGCUCGGUGUAGGAGGGAAUUCCAAAUACCAUCCAACCUUUCCCCAAAUAUAUUACCUCAACUGUAAAUAAUGAUCCACAACUAGAUUUGUACAGAAUUCUCCUGCUGAGGUGCUAUGACCCCUGACAACAUGUAUUUUAAUUUAAUAUAUUUAUAUUGUCUUUGUACUUCUAGAUUUAAACACUUGAACAUUACCAGUCUCUGUUACUUCAUUAUCUCACAUUACAAGAUUCCCUUAUGUUCUAAAGGUGCAUUUUUUUUUUGUUGCCAAGAGUAUAUUGAAAUUUGCUCAAGAGGUGGUGCCCUUCUACCUUUAACAGUAAGGUAAUUGACAUUUACACACAUUCAUUCGUUUUUUUUUCUUAAUGUUAGUAUGUCAUGAAUUGAUAAUGUUGAAGUAAACAGUGUGGGAUUUUCACUUCUUACCUAAAGCCUUUGAAUGUUAAUAUUGUGUCAGAUGAUCAUCAUGUACCUACCUUGCCACUACAAUCAGAAGAAGUACAGUUAUAAUGUUUUAAGAAAACAAAUGAAACCAUGAGUAUUAAACAAACCCUGAUGAUACAAUCUCAGCAUUAAUAGGAAGUAUGUUUAGUUCAAUUUGUUGAAAUGUUUAUUGUAGGCCAGGGGUUUCUGACCCCAAGACCCAACUAAUGUCUGCAAUUCUCCAGCUGUGAUCCUUGGAGAUUUUUUGGCCACUCAAACCAUCCUCCUCACUGUGAGUGGGGUCAAUAUAGACACACGUCCUCUUUCAGGCUGAUUGUUAACAUCUCCAGUUGCUUUAAACUUCUUAAUUAUUGCCAUGAUAGUGGAAUUGGGCAUUUUUAACCAUUGAGCUAUUUUCUUAUAGCCAUUUCCUGAUUUUGUGCAGCUCAACAACCUUUUAUCACACAUCAUUACUGUAUUAUCUGGUCUUUUCCAUAGUGAUGGAUGACCAUGGGAACUUGGCCUGUGUGCCACCUCAUAUUUAUACCCCAGUGAAACAGGAAGUCAUGGUUUACCACUUAAGUGUUCCUAAUCACUCAGGUGAACUAAUUUAACAUAACAUCUGAAUGGGAAUAUACUCGUUAGAUUUUACUCAUAAGAAUUGCAAGGGGUGCCAAUAAUUGUGGCACACAUGUUUCGGAGAAAAAUAUUGAUUUCACUUUUUUUUUAAACGUUUUACUUGUGUGAAUAUUUUGAAUGAAAGACCAAGAGGAUAAACGGCAAAUAAUUUUUUUUUCACAGCCCGUUUUGCUCAUAUUUACCAAGGGUGCCAAUAUUAGUGGAGGGCACUGUAAAUGCCAAUAACGAAACGAAGGGACUAAUGCAUGUGGAUUAAAUCGACUUUAGUACAUGCUGUCAAAAGGCUGCAUUCUGCAAUAGGGUCUGAAGUAACAGCAACCUAAUUUUGUUGACAACAUUGUACAUAAAAAUUUAUAACACACCUGUCAUGUUCUUUCCUGUAGUUGAAUACUUAUUAAAUUCCAAUGCUUUUAUA